AGCAACAGCUACAGCCCACCCUCACACACAUCCAGUGGAAACAUGGGAGGGUCUCAGAGCAUCGAGAUACCAGGUGGAGGGACUGAAGGCUACCACGUCCUCAGAGUUCAGGAGAAUUCUCCAGGUUAUCAGGCGGGACUGGAGCCUUUCUUUGAUUUCAUCAUUUCCAUUUGUGACACUAGACUGAACAAAGACAAUGACACCCUGAAAGAAUUGCUGAAGAUGAAUGUGGAGAAGCCCAUCAAGUUGCUGUUAUACAGCAGCAAGACGCUGGCUGUGAGGGAGACCACCGUUACACCCAGCACCAUGUGGGGCGGCCAGGGGCUGCUGGGAGUCAGCAUUCGCUUCUGCAGCUUUGAAGGAGCAAAUGAAAAUGUUUGGCAUGUCCUGGAAGUAGAGACAAACUCUCCUGCAGCCCUGGCUGGUCUAAGAGCGCAUGCUGACUACAUUAUAGGAGCUGACACCACCAUGAAUGAGAGUGAUGAUCUGUUCUCCCUCGUUGAAACCUAUGAAGGGAAGGAGCUGAAGCUGUAUGUUUACAACACGGACACAGACAACUGCCGUGAGGUGCUCAUCACACCAAACUGCGACUGGGGUGGAGAGGGCAGUCUAGGCUGUGGGAUUGGCUACGGCUACCUGCACAGGAUACCUACGAUGCCAUUUGUAGAGGGCAAGAAGAUCAGUUUCCCUGCACAGACUCACAGUGAACCAGCUCCUCCACCUAAAGAUGGCUUCACAGAGGUCCAUCUUUCUGCCGUUGUUCCAACUGUUCCAGUCGCUGUGUCUUCUUCUGCAUCGACUGGCUUGUCAGUCAGCUCGAACCCGCCCACUGUCCUUAAUAGUGUGCAUACAGGGGUUCCUUCUGUCCCCCUGUCCAACCACAUCACCUCCUCACAUAGUGUCCCACUGUCAGUCAAUGUGGCCGCCACACCACCAGGCUUAAUUCCUUUACCUGGAGGUCUCCCACCCUUUCCUAAUCUACCAAACCUAAAUAUGACCUUGCCAGAUGUGGGCCUCGUAUUGCCACCUGGAGUUGGUGGAUUACAACAAUCAGGUUUUCCACCUCUUCAGCUGCCCGCGGUGGCCCCCGGUGUUACUCUGCCUCCGUCUGGGUUUGUUCUUCCGUCGGUUACUGCUAAUGCAUCUCCUGUGGUUUCACAGACCACCAUGUCUCCCUACUCCAGUAUCCAAAUGAACAGUUCACUGACUAAAACUAUUGUGUCAUUACCAGUCACCACCUCUGAAUCAAUAAACAUCACAAUGUCGGCAGACUCAUCUUAGCAAAACAUUUACGGUUGUCUGUUUGCUCUCAAGACUGAACACAAUAUAGCCAGUCAAUUAGUGACACUCAGUUGAAACAUUGACAUACUGGAACCCAGAAUUACUCAAUUACAAACUGGUGCAGAACAAUGUUAAAUAGCUCAUAACAUAGCCAUAGUAAUGGGUAUAUACUGUAUAUUAAUUUAAACUAUGUGGGCUUCUAAAAGUUUACUAAGAAAAACCAACUAGGUGACUUAUAAAUGUGAAGUCUCUCUCGUAACUACUGAAUGUCUUCAGGGGAAGUCUGGGCAGUAUACUGCUGGGAAUGUUCCUUUAAAAAAAAAAGCAGGUUUGCUUGCUGCAGCUCUGUAGCCAUUAAUUAAAUGGUUUUGGUUUUGUACAAAGUUUAUAUGUAUGUAUGAGACAUCUUGAUUAAACUGAUGUA